GUUGAUUUCACUUCCAUUCAGUUUUCGUUGUCAGUUUGUGCAUUCCUACGGACUUUAAAAUGACUUUCACGUCAGCUAUUGUAUUAGGAGGUGUGGGUGGAAUCGGAAAAGAAAUCUGUGUUCAAUUGAUAGGAAAAGGCUUGAAGAAUCUUGCUGUGAUUGAUGUCGUUGAUGACGUAACAGUAACGACUGCCUUAGAAGCUGAAUUCAAAAACGUCAAUUUCCUGUACAAAAAGUGUUCAGUCACGGAUGAAUCUGAGUUAAGAAAAUGUAUGACUGCAAUCAAAGACGAAUUUGAAUGGGUUGAUGUUAUCGUUAACAGCGUUGGGGUUCUUGACGAAGCGAGCCCAAAGAGAACUAUCGACAUCAAUUACGGAGGCGUAGUAAACUCAACUAUAAUCGGUAUUGAUUUGAUGCGAAAAGACAACGGAAUGCGUGGUGGUUGUAUCGUAAAUAUUGCAUCCAUAACAGCUUUGGGGUCUCAUUUUUGGUUACCGGUUUACGCUGGCUCCAAGCAUGCCGUUCUGGGCUUUACACGAUCGUUAAUAAAUGAUGCCUUUUUUGAGAAGACUGGCAUCAAGUUCAUGUCGAUUUGUCCUGGCGUGACGAACACACCACUGGUUAACUUUGAAAGACAUUUCGCCAAUAUUCUAUUCCCAGAAAUGGUUGAUGAAGUUAAAUCACUCGGUGGAAGUUUUGCACGUCAAGAAGUUGACAUUGUAGGAAGAUGUGUCAUUGCUGCAUUAGAAGACGGUGAAAAUGGAUCGACAUGGCAAUGUGAAAAUGGUCGAAUCGAGAAGUUGAAUUUGGUAGAGUAUCCGAAAUUUUAAUUUUGUGAUCGAAUUCUGCCUGCGGCAGUAAACGGACUCAUUUUCUAUCUUGCUGAUAAUUCGUUUACUGACGGCAAGAAUAUCACCAGUAUAUUUACCCAGUAUAUUACAUUUGAAAACCUGGUGUCGACAGCAGAUGGGAUAAAAUCAUUGAAGUUCAUCUGUUAUCGAUUCAAAUUAUCAUAAAUACAAAAAUUAUAAAUUCAAA